UCGCUGCCGUCUAUAAAAUAACAAGUGCGCUGAGAGGAGAGGAGUGGCUCUAAUCUUGGUUACGCUGAAUAGCCACCGUAUUUGAUCCUGAGAGGGUUUCUGCAGACAUGGAGCUUCUUCUUCUGUUUCUGAGCUUCUGUUUCCUGACUUUGUCCGGACUGACGUUUGGUGCUGAAUCCGGCUCACGUGUGAUUGUGAUGGAAGAUGACGAUGCACUUUUAAGCUGCUCCCUCAACAACAUGAACAUUAAGCCAAUGCUCUUUGACUGGAGAAAAGACAAAGAUAGGCUGCAGGUGUUCAUGUAUGAUGAUGGUACUCUUCAUAAUAAGGGCCCUCCAAAUCAAGCAGAGCAGUUCAAAGGUCGAGUUUCACAUUUUCCUGAAGAACUGGAGCACGGCAAUGCCUCCAUAAGAAUUGAAAACACUAAGGUGGCUGACAGCGGAAAAUAUACCUGUGAAUUUCCACGUAUCCAGCCAGAAAAAAUAUUCCACAUUGAGCUUAUUGUUGGGGUAGCUCCAAAGCCAAUAGUCAGACAGCUUGAUGAAAAUGGCCUUCUCCAGUGUGAUGUUGAUGGUGCUUUCCCGAAACCCACAGUAGAGUGGUGGGACAGUGCUAACCAAAGACUUCCAUCUGAGGAGCAAGUGGCUGCACCAAAAGGAAAUCGCUUCCACAUCACCCUCAAAACUACUGUGACCAAAUCUGGACUGUAUCGCUGUGUCUCCACACAGAAGGGAAUCUGGCAUCAGAUUUCUACUGAGACCUUUGUGAACAAAGAGCCGGAGGGAGCAGCCCAAGGGUAUUCUGGAUUGUGGGUUGCUGCUGCUGUGAUUUUUGGUCUUCUGUUCCUUUGUGUUGUUAUUGUUGUUUUUGUCAGAAGGUGCCGCUAAUCUGUUUUAAAGCAGACAAAGGUGAAGAAGAGGUUGGGGAAGAAGUAUUCGGUGCUGUACACUGAAAAGGUAUUUUUUCUUGUUAUCAUAAGAUAUUUGGAGUGACAGUCACUGCAACUCAGUUUUUGGUUGUGCUGGUUGUGCUUAAGUAAGUAAGGUCACAAUGUUCAUAUUUGACACAAAGAGAAAAGCUCACUUGUUUGAAUUAAUUUACAAUUACAAUUUAUUUAUAAAAUAUGACCUUAAACAGCUUUUUACUAGUUUGAUAUUCUGAUUAUUUGACACUACUUCUCAUGUGAUCAGAUUUAAUGUCCAAUGAGCCAUUUACACUAUUGUUGUUUGGAGAUGUGUAAUAUUAGUGCAUAUUGGGCUUAUUCUUAAAAUGGUUCAGUUCUGUUUUCUAGUUUUAAAAAGUGUUGUUUUCAUCCAUCCAUCUUCUUCCGCUUAUC